AUGGGCAAAACCCAAGUUUUGCAAACCGAAAACAUCGGUCAAACCACAACCAUGGGAGCAGUCGAGCCCACGCAAACCAAAAAGACCCAAGUAGCCAUCUCCACGGAAGGGUACCAUUGGAUUGACAAAGCCAUCAACAGCCUGGACCCGUACACCGAUUACGAUCUCAUCUGGAAGCUCAUGUCCAGCUACAAGACGUCGGAUUUCAUCAACAACCUGAACUACACCAUGGCAUUUCCAAAUUUUACCAUCAUGGACCACGCCGCCGCGACUACAUGGCGUGACGACGGCGGCAAAGUCCUCAACAAGGCGGCAAGUCGCGCCGAGGCGUCGGAGCAGCACAACAUGAUAUGGUGGAAUUACGGCUCCAAGGAUCCGCGCACCCGUGCCGCCACCGAAAACGUCAACAAGAUCCACGCCAAUCUGGCCCGCCGGUACCCCGGGCACUUCUCCCACAACGAAGACUUCCUCUACGUCCUCUGCUCCACUGCCAUCGGGAUCCAUCGCCUGCGGCUCGCGGUUGGCCUUCCCGGCCUUCCCGAGAACCAGAAGAUUGCCGCACAUCUGUAUUGGAAGAACAUGGCACCCAUGUUCCACGUCGAGGGGCAGGGCCCGGUGAGGGACUUCCCCGACAGCUUCGAAGAAUGCAUCGCCACGGCCGAGCGAUACGAGAAUCAGCCGCGACCCUACACGGCCGGGGGCCGCAACACCGCGCUCGCGGUCCUCUACCUCUUUGCCUACCGUUACUUCCCGCCAGGGUUCCGCUGGGUUGGUUACGCUUGGGGCCGUACGUUUGUGACCCCUUCGACAAUGCGCGAAUAUCGCAUCGAUCCCGUUAAUCCCGUGCUCGCCGCCUUUUUCAUCUUCCUUACCAAACUGAUCUUGGUCAUCGACAGCCUGCUGCCGGAUCCCAAAAUCAGCUUCUUUGAAUCGCUUCAUGCAAAGCCCGAUUCGGAGAAGCAAAAUAGAGCGCAGGAAAUCAAGUCAUUGGAUAAACAGUUUUGCGCCUUCUUCAACCAGAACGUUGAGACCCAAGCCUGUCCAUUUGGAAGGAAACAGGAGUAG